UUUAUACGUGUCGGCGUUCGACUGAAGACUGAAGAUCGCUGCCUUGUUGGUCUGGAGUUGAGACUGCUGCUAGGCACGUACAGUACACAAGCCUCAAGUGUGUUAUUGUACGGUUAAUCCCGGUGACAGGUCAACUUGAUCUGUGUUCCCGAGCACUCAUGCUUAAAUCUAUCUUUGUCUUUUGUUUUAUUUUCAGCUUGUAGACCGACACAAUGCUGAAAGCUAUUAUACUCGUGGGAGGACCUAUGAAAGGUACCAGAUUCAGACCUCUGUCUCUGGAGCUUCCCAAACCUUUGUUCCCAGUCGCUGGCUUCCCAAUCAUCUAUCAUCAUAUCGAAGCUUGCAGUCAGGUCCCAGAUUUGAGAGAAAUCUUAGUAAUUGGAUUCUAUCAGCCAAAUGAAGCCCUUAACAAGUUUAUCAUGCAGUCACAGCAAGAGUUUCAGAUACAAAUCAGAUAUCUACAAGAGUAUACGGCAUUGGGCACGGCUGGGGGCAUCUACCACUUCAGGGACCAGAUCCUUACAGGAAACCCCGAGAUGUUCUUUGUGAUGAAUGCUGACGUUUGUGGAGAUUUCCCACUGAUGGAAAUGCUUAACUUUCACCGCAGCAAAGGAGAAGGUGCUUACGGGACCAUUUUAGCUACUGAAGCUACAAGGCAGCAGUCUUUAACCUACGGUUGUAUCGUUGAGAACAAGGAUACACAUGAGGUGCUGCAUUAUGUGGAGAAACCAGAGACCUUUGUGAGCCCGACCAUCAGCUGUGGCAUCUACCUGUUCAGCCCUCAUAUCUUUAAGACCCUGGAGGUGACCUUCAAGAAGAACCUGGAGGACAACUACAACUUCGACUUCCAAACUCCCAGCAAAGAGGUGAUCAGACUCGAACAGGACAUUUUCAUCCCUAUGGCAGGGACAGGCCAGCUGUUUGUCUUCUCCACCUCCCGCUUCUGGAGCCAGAUCAAGUCAGCUGGAGCGGCUGUGUAUGCCAACCGCCACUACCUGGCCAUCUACCAGCGCACACACCCAGAGAGGCUUGCCAAAAACUGCGAAGGGAAACCCAGGAUCAUCGGAGAUGUGUUCAUUCACCCUACAGCAAUUGUUCACCCCACUGCCGUGUUGGGUCCUAACGUGACCAUCGGACGCAACGUGACUGUAUGUGAGGGAGUGCGGGUGAGAGAAACCAUUGUCCUGGAGGGAGCCACUCUUCAGGCUCACUGUUGCGUGUUACACAGCAUCGUGGGCUGGCACAGCACAGUGGGUAUGUGGACGCGUGUAGAAGGUACACCCAACGACCCCAACCCUAACAAACCGUUUGCCAAGCUGGAGAUCCCUUGUAUGUUUUCUACUGAUGGAAAACUCAACCCAUCUAUCACAGUCAUUGGUUCCAAUGUACAAGUCCCCCCUGAAGUGAUCAUUCUUAACUCUAUAGUGUUGCCGCACAAAGACCUCAAUGGCUGUUACAAAAAUCAAAUCAUCUUGUGAUGUCACUCGGCAGUCUCCCCUGACACCACUCAGGAGUUACCCCUGGCAUCAAAAGCUCGGGGCUCCUGCUGUCGGUUGUUGUGUUGUUAUUCUAGUUUUCAGAGGCUUUUAAUAAAGUCUUUGUGUUCAAUUAAACAUUUGGUUUACUAUAAUCAGCUGAUAUCAGCAUUAUCCACAUUAUAUGGGUAAAAUUUGGAGGGUAUGGGUUUUUUUUUCUCGAUAUAGUCAUUGUCAUUCUUUUUAAGUAACAAAAAAAGAUUCUGUCCAACUUGUAACUUUAUUUUAGUUCAGCAUUUAAAGACAGGGAAAGGAUAACUGAAAAUAGCAAUCUUGUGAAGCUCUACUUUUGUCAUCUCUUUUGAGAGGGAAGUUCAGGCAUAUAUACUAACAUACAUAUAUUUAUAUUGGUCAUUGUCUCAGUCAAUGGGCUGAAUUGUUUUUAUAACAUCGGCAUAUUCGUGGGAGUGUGCUUUUAAUAUGAUUUAUUUAUUCUGCAAUUGGGAGGUUGAUCAUGCAUGUAAAUUGAUGAUGUUAGGGCAAGGCCCCCUCACCCCCAUUGCAAUUUUUUUUUCAGGAUUCAAGAUAAAGUUUCAUUAUGAUU